AUGACUGCUGUACAUUACGUUCGGCCUUAUCAACGAAGCAGAAAAGCGAGGGAGGAUGCUUGGGGCUGGGCGAAGAAGGAAUGGGGAGCGAGACUUUCUGAACCGUUGAUGGAUUCGGGGUCAUCCAAGCAAUUUGGAAGAAAAUCCUCGGCCACGGGAAUGAUGAACCUGGUUUUCGACUGGACUGCGAAUCUGGAAGAGGACAACUUCGAUCAUGAUAAAACCGGGAUUCGCUGGUGGUCACCCACCCAACUACUAAUCGGCCGGCGUGAGGCUUGUGUGCAGUCAAUAGUCGGGUGGGUGCCUCUGAACCGGCGACCCUGGCGAUCACCGGCGCCGUCGCGCGAGCUCCCUGGUUUAUUUCCCCGUCUCCUGAAACAGCCGGCAUACAGACUAGAGCAAUAUCUCAGUAAAGUACACUGCACCGGCAGAAUACUUCAUGUUCAAGUCUGCAACCACAAUACUUGCAAGAGUCUUUACUUCUUCUUCAAAAGAAAUGAACCCGACCGCGGCAAUGCAAGACGACUUAUACCUACCAUUACAAAGGAGCUUAUCAAGCAAAACAAGGACCUCGCGUCUGGUGUUCUGAAGGCGAUUGAGCACAACCCGCAAAUCGACACGAAGGACGUCACGGAACAAUUCAACAAGCUGCUUCUCGAACCUUUAAAAAAUGUCGCUAUGUACCCAAGCAGAACACUAUUUCUUUCGCGGGUGCAAGAGCCCAGUAGCAUGAGGUUAAAAAUUUUCCUGACGAGCCGGCCGGAGUUACCACUCCGACGUUUCUUCGAAAAGGAGAGUUCUCACCAAGGCUUAAUCCUUGAAAAAAUUGCCGAGGAAGCCAUUAAAGAAGACAUCAUGCGGUUUCUAGAACAUCGAUUCGCGGAAAUUAGAAGACAAGCGAAAAUCGGCAAAGACUGGCCAGGUGACGAGGUACUUGAAGCUCUGGCGACAGCGUGUAUGCCGUUAUUCAUUUCCGCUGCUACGAUAUGCCGAUUUAUCGAACAGUCAGGAGAAGACCCAGUAAAACAUCUUGCCGAUAUUCUGAAGGAUCAACGCAGAUAUAUGACAAAAAUAGACAAGACAUAUGGCCCUAUUUUUGACCGGAUACUUCGUGAACGAGACAAAAAUAAACAAGAGAAGCAAGUCACGCGGUUCAAGCGAAUAUUCGGUGUGAUUAUUCUCCUUUCUGUCCCUCUUCCAAUCAACGCGCUUUCCGAAUUUGUUGGCAUCAGCGCCAGAUCCGUCAAGUUCCUGUUGGAUUCCUUUCACUCAGUCCUGAGAAUACCUGACGAACAAGACCUUCCAGUCCGCAUUCUACACCCGUCUUUUCGAGAAUAUCUCCUUACCACACAAUCACGCUUUCAUGUAGAUGAGGGCUUGACGCACAAUGAUAUGACGUCACAUUACCUUCGCGUUAUAAAUCAGCAUCUCAAACGCGAUAUUUGUGAUCUGCAGAGCUUUGGUAUACAACACGAGGACAUAGAUGAUAAGAUAAUCAGACAAUUUGUUCCGCCGCAUCUUCAGUACUCCUGUCGCUACUGGGUAUUCCAUCUGGCGCAAAGCAAGUCACCUCUCUCCAAAACAGAGGUUUUAUCAUUCCUAAAGGCGUAUUUUCUUCACUGGUUAGAGGUGAUGAGCCUUACAGGGGUGAUAUCGGAGACUGUUGAUAUGAUGAAGACUCUGCAGUCAAGAACUUAUAGCGAAGACAAUUCCGAGUACUCAGAAUUCUUAAUUGACGCGCACCGGUUUAUCCUUCAGAAUAUUCAGAUGGCUAAUGGUGCCCCGCUCCAACUUUACGCCUCAGGUUUGGCGAGCAGUGCGGGCUGGCAGGUUGAUAGAGUUGGUGUAGCAGGGGCAGGCUUACUAAGUUUUAUUAAGUACUAUAGCCGCGAAGUUUUAAGUAAAGCUUAA